CCGUUCUCACCUGUCUCUCUGAGCUUUCCCCUCAUCAUCAUCAUCUCACCUCUUCUCCUGUUGACACCAUGAGUCUGAGCCGCACCAAGAGAAUCAGCUCCAGUAACUCUGUGCGGAGCAGCGGCGGCUCCAGAAGGUUGAGCGGCUUCGGUUCAGGUCAGGGGGGCUUCAGUGGCGUCUCUCUGAGCAGCAGCUCCCUGUACGCCGGUGCCAACGGGCACCUGGGCCCCGCGCUGACAUCUCUGUCGGUUAACAAGAGUCUGCUGGCCCCCCUGAACCUGGAGAUCGACCCCAACCUGUCCAUGAGCAGAGCCCACGAGAAGGAGCAGAUCAAGAGCCUCAACAACCGCUUCGCCAGCUUCAUCGACAAGGUUCGUUUUCUGGAGCAGCAGAACAAAAUGCUUGAGACUAAACUGGACUUGCUGCAGGCCCAGGGAGUUAGCCGCUCUAACGUGGAGCCCCUGUUCGAGUCUUACAUGGCGGGUCUGAGGCGUCAGAUGGACCUGGUCAACAACGACAAAACCAAACUGGACGGGGAGCUGAGGAACAUGCAGGGUCUGGUGGAAGACUUCAAACACAAAUAUGAGGAGGAGAUAAACAAGAGGAACAACAUGGAGAAUGACUUUGUUAUCCUGAAGAAGGACGUAGAUUCAGCCUACCUGGUCAAAGCAGAUCUGGAGGACAAAGUCGGAGCUCUGACUGAUGAAAUCCACUUCCUUCGCAACAUCUACGAGGAGGAGCUGCGUGAGCUGCAGGCCAGCAUCAAAGACACCUCAGUGGUUGUGCAGAUGGACAACAGCCGCAGCCUGAAUAUGGAGCAGAUAGUCGCCGAGGUCAAAGCCCAGUAUGAGGAGAUUGCAGCCCGCAGCAGAGAAGAGGCAGAGGCCUGGUACAAGAACAAGUUCGAUCAUUUGUCCGUGCAAGCCAGCCAGUUUGGAGACGAGCUUCGCAUGGUGAAGGGAGAAGUCGCUGAGGUCAACCGACUGAUCAGCCGUUUGCAGAGUGAGAUAGAAGCUGUGAAAGGGCAGCGAGCCAGUCUGGAAAACCAGUUGGCUGAAGCAGAGGAGCGUGGAGAGCUGGCUGUGAAAGAAGCUAAAGCUCGGACCAGAGACCUGGAGGAUGCUCUGCAGAGAGCCAAACAGGACAUGGCCAGACAGCUGAGAGAGUACCAGGACCUGAUGAAUCUGAAAUUGGCUCUGGACAUUGAGAUCGCCACAUACAGGAAGCUGCUCGAGGGAGAGGAGGACAGACUUGGCCAACAGUCCAUCCUUAACAUCCAGAGCAUUUCCAGCCCCCCUCCAAAGUACAGCAAUGGCUACCAGGGAAGCAGCAGCAGCAGUUCUCCGGCUCCAAAACUGCUAAUCAAGACCAUUGAGACCAGAGAUAACUCCAGAUACAGUUCUCACUGAGAUCAGAUUCAAGAUUACAUUCUGCUUCUGAAACUCUUAUCUCUGGAGGGUUUGGGAAGCCUGCAGGCCUAUAAAUCAGUAACUUUUCUAUAAGAUAACUGAUCUUUAGAUCAUGCAAACUUUAAAAUGUGUGUAGAACUAGUGCUAGUGUCCUACUUCAUGGUUUGUAUUAGUAGGCUAAUGUUUCUUCUUUAACAAAAAGAUUGUUUUAACUGAUUUUACCUGUAAUAAUAAA